AUGCCAGUGGGAGACCAGAGCGCAGAGGAACACUAUCACUGCUACCUUGCCUCGCAGCGCCGAGUCGAACGAUGGGUGCAACGGACCGAUAAAGAGCUGCGGGCAGCUAUGGCUGGAUCUGCAGUGCAGAUGCCCGGUGCGAAAGGAAAAGCGGUUGUGAGGAGCGAGGAGAAGAGGAGCCAGGAUGUGCAAUUGGGAGAUAAAGAUCUGGUGCCAGCUGAGCCGCCCCGCGAGGAGGUACUGCCCCAGCGGGAACGGCAUCACGAGGAACAUAGUCGUCCGAGUCGAAGGAGGUCCGAACGGACAUUGUCCACGCCGUCCAACAAGCGCCCUACGUCUUCCGAAGAGCUCUUACAGCACAGUCGCAGUCGCUCGCGGCCGUCAUCCGGAUCCAAGAAGACUAAAACGAGUCAUGUGUCAGGAGGAAGAAGUUCUCAACCUCACCCUACCAAGUCUAGCGCCCGUCAUGGAUAUGGACAUAGUCAUACACACCAUCGUCGAGAAUCUGUGUAUUCCAAUCCUGACAUAACACUGUCCUCGUACCUCCCAUACGGCGUGCUACCACUCCUGUAUGCCAUCACAGGUUCACCUGCGCUAUCUAUCGUUGCUGCAAUCAUUUUGCUCGCAUUGUACCUUUACGUGGACUUUGGUACACCAGCCACGAAGAAGAAAUCUUCAUCGUCGUCGUCAUGA